AUGGAUCUCCAGACUGGUGCACCCGACUCUCGCCCACCCGACCCUGUGAUGUCAAGCCCCGCGCCUCACCAGCUGUCUCAACAGGCAAAGAAGCCAGCCGCUGAGACCGAGAUGAGAAACGGCAACUGCGCGCUCAUUGGAAACAAGCUGCCAGCUGAGAUCAGGCUGAGAAUCUGGGAGCUCGCCACCCCUCGCAGUCGCAUCUUUGAAGUUUUCUACACUUUUGGAUGGCCCUUUAAAGCUUAUCCACAACCGCUCAUCCGCGCUGUCUGCUAUGAAUCGUGGAGCGUCACAGAGCGAAUCGGAUUCAUGUUUGGCGCAGGUGCAGACAAGUACCACUCUCCUGGACUCUGGUUUAACCCAGAGAAGGACUUGUUCCUCGACUACAAGGGACUACAGCAGACCUCUCCCGGCUGUUCUUGGUUGUCGCGUGUGCAAACAAUCACGAUUCCCAUCGACUUCAUUGCCGUUAAGGACGCCCGGGAUAGGCUUCUGGACCACUUCUGGGACAUCAUGCCGAGCUGCCACCGCAUCGUCAUUGCAUACAAUGACCAGGGCGACUGGCAUUUAGAGGGAUUUGAGGAUGUUGAUGACGAUGGGGAACUCUAUACCGAAUGGGAGCUCUGUCUGGAAAUCACUUCCACAUCCGAAUCCUCGAACGUCUCGUCCCUUCCAUUGAUUCCGCAGACCCAUAAGCACCUCUCAGACGACGACCACGUGGGCUUUGCUGGUAGCGACACCGACACCGACCAGUUCGGCAUCUUUGAUGUGGGGGACUUUGGGGUUGAAGGCGAAAUAGUUGAGGUGAAAUGGAAGAAGGUGAGAGAGCAUUUCGACAAGGAGCUGAAGAUCUCUGCUGCCGCCAACAAGGCUGAACGCGGGGACCGGAUUCCUUCUGUUGAGGGAAGGAUCAUUAGAUACAUGGAAAAUGCCGGUCGUCAAUUCUAUGCUUGA